UAACGAUAGUAACAUACGGUACGGUAUUUCGGUCACGCUAAAAAUACGGUUAGUUUUCCAGGUGACAAAAAGUAAAUAAAGGAGCAUUUCAACCGCAUCGCAAAGAGUCGGCGAACAGCACCAAGAAUCUGCUCCACGAUGGCUUCAUUCUUCAACGUUGGCGCUUUGGGAAAUGUUUUCUCCACUGCAGUUGGCCAGCGCAUAGAGGCCGCCACCGAUGCCAACUUGGCCUCGGAGAACUGGGCCGCCAACAUGGAGAUCUGCGACAUGAUCAACGAAUCCUCGGACACGGCCCGCGAUGCCAUGCGCGCCAUUCGCAAGCGUCUCUCCCAGAAUGCCGGCAAGAACAACCAGGUGGUUAUGUACACGCUGACCGUCCUGGAGACGUGUGUAAAGAACUGCGGCAAAGCCUUUCAUGUCCUGGUGGCCCAGAAGGACUUUAUCAACGAGUUGGUCAAACUGAUCGGCCCCAAAAAUGAUCCGCCAGCUGCCAUGCAAGAGAAGGUUCUCAGCCUUAUACAGAUUUGGGCAGAUGCCUUUAAGAACCAGCCGGAUCUCAAUGGUGUAACCCAGAUGUACAUGGAACUGAAAAACAAGGGCAUCGAGUUCCCAGCCAACGAUCUAGAUGCCAUGGCUCCCAUUUAUACGCCACAGAGGAGCGUUCCCGAGCUGCCUCCUCAGCUGGUGGCCGCCCAGCAGCACACAAUCUCGCCUCAACACAUGGCUGCCGCUGCCGCCGCCGCCGCUGCAGCCGCUGCUCCACCCAGCACAGGUCCCUUGCACCUGACUCCCGACCAAGCGGCCAAGCUGCGCUCCGAACUGGAGAUCGUCAGCAACAAUAUGUCCAUCCUGAGCGAGAUGCUAAGUGUUCUGAAGCCUGGCCAGGAGUCGCCCGAUGACUAUGCCCUGCUCAACGAGCUCACCUCCACCUGCAAGGAGAUGCAGUCUCGCAUCGUGGAUCUGAUUGGACGCGUUCAGGAUGACGAGCUCACCGCGGAGUUCCUGCGCAUCAAUGACGAGCUGAACAAUGUAUUUUUGCGCCAUCAGCGGUACGAGAAGACUCGCUCACAGGGUCAGGGAGCUGCUGUAACCUCGCCCUCGGCAGUGCUGGGCGCUGCAAUGGGUCUGCCCGGCGUGGGAGCAGCAGAAGCCGCCACAGUGGCCACCCUGCCACCUCCGCCCACAACAACUGCUGUUAGCAAUACGCCGCAAAGUGACCAGCUCCUGAUCGACCUGAUUGAAAGCAGCGAGGAGGCCGCCCAACUGCCACAGAGUUUGGGCCAGCUCAGCCUGGGUGGAGGAGCACCCGCUGGCGUCCAAAGGGGGGCACCACGACCUGCCGAUGAAUUCGAUAUGCUGGCUCAGUCGCGCACCGAUGGCAACCAUAAAUCGGACUUGCUAAGGGACAUUCCCUCCGUGGACGCUGCUGCAGGAAGUGUGGCGGCCACCGUCGCCUCGCCUUACAAACAGACUCAACCGCAGCAGGCCCAACGAUCAGCCGGCGAUCCGCCGGUGGUAAGUAAAUCGACGAAAGAGAAUGAGAUCGACGAGAUGGAGGCGUGGUUGGGCAGCUCACACAUCGAGGGCAUUGAGGAACUGACCAGCUCGGAGUUUGACAAAUUCCUAGAGGAGCGAGCCGCUGCCGCCGAAAAUCUUCCAACGAUCAAUGCAUCGAACUCUGCCGCCAGUAGUGCCACGACAGGAUCGGUGGGAGCCGAUAGCUUACGAAAGACACCAAAGAAACCGGGCGCCGAGGAGGAUCUGCUCGCCCUCUGAGUGAUCUCCGUCAGCACCAUCAUCGGCUCUAAUUGUUUACUCUUUCAAAUGUUAUACACACCCUAACAUACUUAUGCAUAACGUCUAUAUGAUAGCAGAUACAUAUUAACACUUUAUGUAAAAUGCUUUUAAUUUUUACAAAACUGCAACGAUAACUAUUGAUUAUAUUCCAAAAAAAAAAAACAAAAAAGAAAAGCGAUCUUCUGUUGGUCUAAUUGUAAGCCACUUCUACA